UAGAGCUCGAGACCGGCUCUUACUGCUGCCUGGCUCGUGGACACACUCUGGAUCAAACGGUUCAACACCCUUAUUGAUCGUCACCUCCCGGUUCCGGUUCAGACGUCAACAUGGGUCGCCGGGAUCCGUCCUCCCUCCGGUCCGCCGCCCUGCGGCUAGCAGUCGUGGCCGUGGUUCUCCUCCUCGAGCUCCACCCCUCGUUGGCCGGCGCUCCCCCCGAGCAGAGCCUGGGCGGCUUCGUGUCCGCGGUGUCCACCAAUAAGACUGAAUGCAGCAAGCCCGAGGCGUGCACCAAGGGGGUGGUCCUGCCCAUCUGGGAGCCCCAAAACCCCUCAUUCGGCGACAAAGUGGCCCGGGCGACGGUGUACUUCGUGGCUCUGGUCUACAUGUUCCUGGGCGUGUCCAUCAUCGCGGACCGUUUCAUGGCAUCGAUAGAGGUCAUCACGUCGCAGGAGAAGGAGAUCACCAUCAAGAAACCCAACGGGGAGACCACCACCACCACGGUUCGAAUCUGGAACGAGACCGUGUCCAAUCUCACCCUCAUGGCUCUGGGCUCUUCGGCCCCCGAGAUCCUGCUGUCGGUCAUAGAGGUCAUAGGUCACAAGUUCGAGGCCGGCACGCUGGGCCCCUCCACCAUCGUGGGCUCCGCUGCCUUCAACAUGUUCGUCAUCAUCGGGCUGUGCGUGUACGUCGUGCCGGACGGCGAGACGAGGAAGGUCAAGCACCUGCGCGUCUUCUUCGUCACGGCCACCUGGAGCAUCUUCGCCUACAUCUGGCUCUACCUGAUCUUGUCCGUGAUCUCGCCCGGCGUCGUGCAGGUGUGGGAGGGGCUUCUCACCUUCUUCUUCUUCCCCAUCUGCGUGCUGUUCGCCUGGGUGGCCGACCGCCGCCUGCUGUUCUACAAGUACGUGUACAAGCGCUACCGCACCGGCAAGCAGUGCGGCAUGAUCAUCGAGACCGAGGGGGACCGCCCACUUCCUUCCAAGGUGGACAUCGAGAUGGACGGGAAGAUGCUGAACUCUCACGGCGUCGACUUCCUGGACGGUCCGCUGGGUCUGGACAUCGACGAGAAGGAUCUGGACGAGGAGGAGACCCGUAGAGACAUGGCCAAGAUCCUGAAGGAGCUGAAGCAGAAACACCCCGACAAGGAGGUGGAACAACUCAUUGAGCUCGCCAACUACCAAGUCCUGAGCCAGCAGCAGAAGAGCCGCGCCUUCUACCGCUGCCAGGCCACCCGGCUGAUGACCGGCGCCGGCAACAUCCUGAAGAAGCACGCCGCCGAUCAGGCGCGAAAGGCCGUCAGCAUGCACGAGGUUCGCUCCGAGGUCGGCGACAACGACCCCAUCUCCAAGAUCUUCUUUGAGCCCUGCUCGUACCAGUGCCUGGAGAACUGCGGCACGGUGGCGGUGAACGUGGUGCGACGCGGCGGCGACUUGGGCAAAGCGCUCGCCGUGGACUACCGGACGGAGGACGGCACGGCCAACGCCGGCUCGGACUACGAGUUCACGGAGGGCAUGGUGGUCUUCAAGGCCGGCGAGACGAUGAAGGAGAUCCGCGUUGGGAUCAUCGACGACGAUAUCUUCGAAGAGGACGAGAACUUCCUGAUUCACCUCUCCAACGUGAAAGUGCUGACGUCCGACGGCGAGGAGGCCGAGGGCGGCGAGUCGGAGAAUCACGUGGACUCGAUGGCGUGCCUCGGCUUGCCCUCCACGGCGACCGUCACCAUCUUCGACGACGACCACGCCGGCAUCUUCACGUUCGAGGAGCCCGUCUUCCACGUGAGCGAGAGCGUCGGCACCAUGGAGGUGAAGGUGCUGAGGACGUCGGGGGCGCGCGGCGUGGUCACGCUGCCGUACAAGACGGUGGAGGGCACGGCGCGCGGCAGCGGAGAGGACUUCGAGGACGCUCACGGCGUCCUGGAAUUCCAGAACGACGAGAUCUUGAAGAGCAUAACCAUUAGGAUCUUAGACCGGGAGGAGUACAAUAAGCAGUCUUCCUUCUACGUUCUGCUCGAAACCCCCCAAUGGAGACGCAGCGGGAAGGAACGGACAGAGGAACAGCUGAAGGAGGAAGAGAAGGAGGAAGAGGAAGAGGAGGCGCUGGCAGGAAAAGACGAAGAGGAACAGCGCAUCGCUGACAUGGGCCGUCCCAUGCUGGGAGACCACGUCAAGCUGGAGGUCAUCAUAGAGGAAUCCUACGAGUUCAAGAACACAGUGGACAAGCUGAUAAAGAAGACCAACCUGGCUCUGCUGGUAGGAACCAACAGCUGGAGAGACCAGUUCAUAGAGGCCAUCACUGUGAGCGCAGGCGAGGAUGACGAGGAUGACGAGUGCGGUGAGGAGAAGCUGCCGUCGUGCUUCGACUACGUGAUGCACUUCCUCACCGUGUUCUGGAAGGUUCUGUUCGCCUUCGUGCCGCCCACGGACUACUGGAACGGCUGGGCCUGCUUCGUGGUGUCCAUCUGCAUGAUCGGCCUGCUGACCGCCGUCAUCGGCGACCUGGCCUCCAGCUUCGGCUGCACGGUGGGCCUCAAGGACUCCGUCACGGCGGUGGUGUUCGUUGCCUUGGGAACCUCCGUCCCAGACACCUUUGCCAGUAAGGUGGCCGCUACCCAGGACCAGUAUGCCGACGCGUCCAUCGGCAACGUGACCGGCUCCAAUGCUGUGAAUGUUUUCCUCGGCAUCGGGGUGGCGUGGUCCAUCGCCGCCAUCUACCACAACAGCAAGGGGGAGGAGUUCAGGGUGGAUCCGGGCACGCUGGCCUUCUCCGUCACACUCUUCACCAUCUUCGCCUUCAUCGCCGUCGGCGUGCUGAUGUACCGGCGGCGGCCGGAGAUCGGCGGAGAGCUGGGGGGUCCGCGGACGGCGAAGCUCAUGACCUGCAUGCUGUUCUUCAGCCUGUGGCUCCUCUACAUCCUCUUCUCCUCACUGGAGGCCUACUGCCACAUCCAGGGCUUCUAA